AUGGGUAAGUCACUGGCAGAUCAAAUAUCAGAUAUAGCCAUUAAACCGGUUAAUAAAGACUUUGAUAUUGAAGAUGCGGAAAAUACAUCUUUAUUUCAGCAUAAUGAAAAAAUUGGAGAAAGCGACGGAAGUGACUAUGAAGAUGCCAAUACAGAACAAACUAGGAAAGCACAUUAUGUAGAGGUGGAAAAAUCCACCUUAAGAGCGGAAAAAGGUUUGGAAUUGAACGACCCGAAGUACACAGGCGUUAAAGGUUCUAGACAAGCAUUAUAUGACGAACUUUCGGAUAGUGCGGAGGAUGACAAUGAAGAUAGUCAGGAGGAGGAUGAGGAAGGGAAAGACGAGGAGGAGGAAGGAGAUGCUCUUUCGUUCAGAACAGAUUCCGAGGAUGAGCAAGCAGAAAAUGAGGUAGAAGAGGCGGAUAUUGACGGUGGUGAGAUGGAGGAGGCUCAGCAGAAGAGAGAUGCACUAUCCAAACUGGUUCAGCAGGAAACUAAACAGGCUAUCAAUAAACUAUCACAGUCAGUUCAAAGGGAUGCCUUAAAAGGCUAUUCAAUUUUACAACAGACUAAGUUGUUUGACAAUAUCAUUGAUUUAAGAAUCAAACUACAAAAAGCUGUGAUUGCUGCAAAUAAACUUCCAUUAACUGCAGAAUCAUGGAAAGAAGCUAAAAUGGAAAAUUCAAAGGAAACAAAGCAUCUAUUGAACGAAAAUGAAAUAUUAUUUAAUAAACUAUUCAACCAACUGAUAAAUUUUAGAAUAAAAUUCCAAAUUGAUGACCAUAUCACUCAACGGGAAGAAACGGCGAAACAUAAAAUAUCUAAAAAAAGAUCUUUUAAAGAGCUUUACAAAGAGACUGAUAGUUUAGAUUCAGAACUAAAAGACUAUAGAAAUGCUGUGUUAAACAAAUGGUCUACCAAAGUCUCUUCUGCAUCAGGUAACUCUGCUUUAUCAUCGAACAAAUUCAAGGCCAUAAACUUGCCUGCAGACAUGCAGGUGAAAAACCAAUUAUCCGAUAUGUCCCGCUUGAUGAAAAGGACAAAACUGAAUAGGCGGAACAUAACGCCUUUGUAUUUCCAAAAAGAUUGCGCUGCUGGUAGAUUAUCAGAACUGAUUUCUUCAACUGUCGACAACGGUGUUGAUGACAAUGAAAAUUCAGAUGAUGGGCUCGAUAUCCCAAAAAAUUAUGAUCCCAGAAGAAAGGACAAUAGCGCCAUUGACAUUGCCGAAAACCCAUAUGUUUUCGAUGAUGAAGAUUUUUACCGUGUUUUGCUGAACGAUUUGAUUGAUAAGAAAAUUUCCAAUGCCCACAAUUCUGAAAGUGCAGCAAUCACAAUCACUUCAGCCAAUUCUCGUUCGAAUAACAAGCUAAAGAAAAACAUCGAUACAAAGGCUUCCAAAGGUAGAAAAUUAAACUACUCAAUUCAAGAUCCAAUUGCUAAUUACGAAGCUCCGAUUACAUCCGGUUACAAAUGGUCAGAUGACCAAAUAGAUGAAUUCUUCGCAGGAUUGUUAGGCCAAAGAGUGAACUUUAAUGAAAAUGAAAACGAAGAGCAAUACGCUGGUGAAGAAAACGAUGAAGAAUCAGAAGCUGUUAAAAAUGAUGAUAUCCAAAUCUUCGGUUAA